AUGACAGUGAGAGUACGCACCAACGGUACCGGACAGACAGGACAGGACAUGGGAGGAUAUGCCGAGGAUAGCGCCGGUCUGCGGAAGGGCGCGGAAGGUUGCGUGCGUCGCGGAAGAGCGCGGAAGGUCGCGCGUGUUGCACGCGACUCUAUUGGACUGUGCCUACAUGAGGAUAGUGAUGAGGUCGAUGUAUAUAUCAGGGGAUACGAGCCUGUAGGGAUAUUACUCCCUACACCGUCAUCGUCGGAGAAGCGCCCUCCGCAGAUUCUCGUCACACUCGUGGCCGACAAGGGCAACACUACUCCUCCAAAAUCUUGUCCUGUGUCGUCUAAGUGGCGGAGACUCCGCGUGUUCGUAGAGGUACCACAGGCCCCAGCCUCCUGGAGGUUGAAAGCAAUACAGCGACACUCACUAGACUUUGAACCCAAUAAUAGCGACCUUAUCCCACAGAUUACCGCCAUCAGGAAUGAUGAAGUGGGGGUUGGCGCCAUCAAGGAUGGUGCUAUUGAUGAUGAAGAAGCCGCCAAUGAUGCCACCAUGGAGGACGAAGAGGAGAUUGACGAGCUUUUUGCGUCGCAGGAAAGGACGUGA